CUUCACCUGUCUGGCACGUCUGGCUGCGCGGCAGGCGAACAGCGCCGCUAAGGAUGCGGAGGAGGAGCAGCAGCAGGCCCUUAGGGAAGGGGCAGGGGCAGGAGUGGCAGAGGAGCAGCAGCAGCAGCAGGAGCAGCUUCCCUACACGGGGAACCCCUACUCGGCCGCUCUAUGCGCCUGCCUGUCGCCCCUGACCGCCUGGCUCGCCUCGCCGGGCUGUACUGCCGCGGACCUGAUUGAGGCGCUGCGGCCGCUGCGGACCGCUCGGCGACUCUUCCCGGGGAGCCCACCUGACCGCACCCCCACCCCGACACCCCCGCUGGAAGGGGGGACCACGCACUUGUCUUCCACCACCGCUGCGAAUCCCGCCGCCGCCUGCCCCACCUCUUCCCCCACCUCUUCCCCC